AUGGAGGGAAGUAAACAAACUUCAUCGAAUGAAACCGUUUCUGGUAUGCCCUUUAUGGGAUUUAAUCGUCCCAAAGAGACUGGUACACAAUACACAAGUGCUGGUGGUGGCGAAGUAUAUUUUAACCCUGGAGAUUUAGUUAAAUAUGUGUGGAAUUACAUUCGAGAUGAGGGUGGUCGGCAGGAAUACUCUGGUGUUUCCAUGGUUGGACCGGAUUUACACUCCCGUCCACCGGCGUGGUUGGAGGAUAAAAAUGUCUCCAUUGAUGGUACACCUCUCACAGAAGAAGAACGUCGAGCCCCAAAUUUCUGGCAAACAAAAUAUAGACGAGAACUGGAUGUUGGAGAAGCCAUUCAAGAAGUAAAGCGGCGUAGACGAGUGGAAGAAACACAUGAUAUUAUUGGAUCUUUUGAAUGGGUUCGUCGUAAACUUGGUUGGGCUGAACCUUUAGAUGAGACGCUAGCACGACAAAAGGUGGAAGCCCGUCAUCGGCAAAUGAAAGAAGAUGAUGCUAUGGAGAUUGGAGAUAAUCGACAGACUAGUCGCCAAGUUGGUUUAACAACUCCAUGGAAAGUAUUUAUGGAAUCUGUAGAAACUGGACAACCCAUUACAAAGGUAGCGAAUGAAUAUCGUCCGCAUAUAGAUUUUUAUGGUCUCGAUCCCUUUUUAAACUCUCCACCUUCAGUUAUUUGGUUUAGCACAAAGUGUGGUAUUGCCAUGGGUAUAGUGCAAGGUACAAUAAAAGCUAUUCAAGCUAUGAAUGUGGAUGUACAGUUUUUAAAAGCCUCUGGUGUAGGUAUUUUAUCGAUUUUAAAUAUGUCUGUAUUUGCCAAUGUUGUGAAAUGGGGUGGUAAUUGUUUUUUAUUCGCAUGUGCUUUCUCUAUUGGAGAUUGGAUAGCCACUUGGGUAAAGUAUCGUUUACUCCCACCUCAUGAUGCCAAACAACGCAGUACAUUAAAUUAUGUUAUUGGAUUUGCAAUGUCUGGUGGAACUGUUGGAAUCUUACCAUGGUGGAUUCUUGGAGAUAUGACCCUCGCUUUUCGACUUGGUGUUUCCGGUUUAUUUGUGGGUGGUUUAUUAGGCGUAGGUGUGGGAACUGUUAUUAGUCGUCUGGUGGCUCUUAACACCGCCCGGCUUGAGGCGACAAAUAGAGAGUUUCGUCGCUACGAGGCGUUAAUGCGGCGUCAGCGGAGUUGGAUGGAAGAAGAACGUGAAAAGGUGUGGAGCAAUAAACACGUCUGGUGGUGA